ACUCUUGAGCUUCCGCUCCAACCCGUCUACCCACAUGGCCACCCUACGCAGCCCGAUCUGGCGCGCCAUAGAAGCGAUCUAUGGGACUUGGGCUCCUAACCCUCCCCCACGCGUUCGAGAUGCGAGCAAGCCCAUGCAGGUCAUCUGCGUGGGGCUCCCGAGAUCCGGCACCGAGUCGUUGCAGAUAGCACUGCUGCAACUCGGGUACGACUACACAUACCAUGGCUGGGACAUGCUGAAUGAGACGCCGCAUCGCAUGAACUCGUGGGUGGCACUAGCGAGACGGAAAUAUUUCAAUCGCACUGGGCGGGCCAUUUCGACUGCGGAUUUCGAUGCCGUGCUGGGUCAUGCAGUAGCCGUCACGGAUGCGGCGGCGAAUUGCUUUGCCGAGGAAUUGAUAGAAGCAUAUCCAGAUGCGAAAGUCGUUCUGAACUCGAGACGGAACCUGGAAGCCUGGCACUCUUCUGUUCUGACGAACAUUGUGGGGGUCAACGAGGACUGGUUCAAAUGGCUAUUGUGUUGGUUCAACGCAGACUUGUGGUGGAUGUGGCACGUUCACCAACGCGUUCUAUGGCCUUGUCUUUUCCGCUGCCCGUCGUACUGGUCGCUACGUAGCGGAGUGGAGCCGUACGCGAAGAGUAUACAUGAACAGCACAGCGCCAUGAUCCGGAAGCUAGUCCCCAGAGACCGGUUGCUCGAAUGGCAUCUUGAAGAUGGCUGGGCUCCGUUAUGUGAGUUUCUAGAGAAAGACGUUCCAGAUACCCCAUUUCCUCGGGCGAACGACAAGACGGGGUUUCAAAAGAGGGUCGAGGCGGACCUCGACGCGCUGGGCUUGAAGGCCAUGGUGAACAUGGCAGCGACCCUGGUCGUGGUCAUUGGAGUUGCUUAUUGGUGUUGGUAGAUCCAGUGCUUCUCUUUCAGUCUCUUGUAU